GGUGCCUUCGAUUCCCAAAGUGUCUCCAAAAGCGCAGCAGAAAUAACAUGUUUCUUAUUCUAUAUCUGAGUCUUUGGAGUGUGUUGGGUUCAAACAGCCAGACCUUGAGUACAAUGUCAACAUCGCAAACAUUUGUGACAUCUGGAGAGGAGAAUGGUCAGUGCACAACCUGUCAGUUCAGACAGCAGAGUAAACUCAUGCGUUUGCAGUCUAUAAAGUCUCAAAUUUUGAGCAUCCUCCGUUUGGAACAGGCUCCGAACAUCAGCAGAGACACAGUGAAGCUGCUUUUACCUAAAGCACCUCCAUUGCAGGAGCUCCUGGAUCAAUACAACCAAAACGGAGGCAUUAGUGAGGAUGAAGAGCAAGGUAGCAGUGAGACCAUCAUCACUAUGGCCACGGAACCUCAAGCUAUUACCCAAGUGGAAGGAAUGCCCAAAUGUUGCAUGUUCUCGCUGAGCCCAAAGAUUCUACCUGACAGCAUCAUGAAGGCUCAGCUGUGGAUCUACCUCCGACCAGCUGAGGAACCAACCACAGUCUUCAUCCAGAUAUCCUGUCUGAGGAUGUCUUCUGAAGGCAAAAGUUGCUCAAGAAUACGCUCACAAAAAAUCGAUGUGAAUGCCCAGACAAACUCCUGGCAACACAUCGACAUGAAACAGCUAUUGCAAUCAUGGCUCAAACAACCAGAGAGCAACUUUGGAAUAGAAAUCAAGGCCUUUGAUGCAAAUGGAAAAGAUCUGGCUGUAACCUCUGCAGAAUCAGGAGAAGAAGGACUGCAACCAUUCUUGGAGGUCAAAAUAUCAGACACUGGGAAGCGGUCGAGACGGGACACUGGCCUCGACUGCGAUGAGCAUUCAACGGAAUCUCGGUGCUGCCGGUAUCCGCUCACUGUCGACUUUGAGGACUUUGGUUGGGACUGGAUAAUUGCGCCCAAGCGCUACAAGGCCAAUUACUGUUCUGGCGAAUGUGUGCAAAAGUAUCCCCACAGUCACAUCGUGAACAAGGCCAACCCACGGGGUAGCGCCGGUCCCUGCUGCACACCCACCAAGAUGUCGCCCAUAAACAUGCUGUAUUUCAAUGACCGUGAGCAAAUAAUCUAUGGAAAAAUCCCUUCAAUGGUGGUAGACCUCUGUGGAUGCUCCUGAACCCUAAACAAGGGCUACUAGAGUUACUAAGACAACAAGACCUAAUCGAUCUGGACCAGAGGGAAGUGAACGUAACCUUUACCUUGUCCCUGACAAAAUAGUUCCUGCUAAACCAAUCCCAACUCUCCAGCUUAGCCAAUUACUUUUAGUUUGGUCUCAUCAACUGUUGCACACAAAGACAUUGUUAGUGAGGUGACAAGGGUUUCUUUGUUUAUGUUGGUGUAAAUGCUUCCUCUGUAAAUGUAUUUGAGCAUCGAGAUGACCUGAUGGGGUGUACUAGAAUGUAAAUCAUUUAUAAUUUAAUGUUGAACAAAAGGCUGUACAGAUGAUUAUUUAUAUAGAGUCGUUAUUACCCAGUGACCCAAAAACAGGAACACUGACCCAGAAACUCACUCAACAUGAUGUCUGAACAAAUCUCUCCCACAUGACUUUAGGAAUUCUGUAGUUGGUCCAAAUCAGCAAAUGGGUAGUUGACAAAUAAUGUGGACUCUUUGGAUAAAAAAAAAAAAAAAAAAGGUUUAAAGGAAAGUAAAAACCAGUAGUUUUAGAUGCUAUAACUGGGUUUUCACCACAUGUAAUCACCUUUUUGCUUUUUGGAGCUAACUUAAAUAGUAAUGUUGUGUGACAAAUGAAUUUUUAAAAGAACAAAUAUUCCAUGUUGUCAAAAAAUAAAUGUAUAGCAUAAAAAAAAAUGCUGUUUUUAAAUUAUUUAAAAUAGAAAAUAACUAGAUGUCAAUAUGCAACAUUUUAUAUUCUUGUCAAAAAUGCUGUUUCAAAUUGCCAGUGUUUUCAAUAGUUAUGCUACAUAAUGUCUUAGGCUAGAGAUGGAUAUAGUUAUUUUUCAAUGACAGAAUAAUCGGUUUAUUAUUUUUUUUUUUAAAUGAAUUUUCAGUUUUUAUUUGGAGUAACUGUUGGUUACUGUUCAAAAUCAUA